UUUGCAGCCGCCAAUUCACACCCUUUCUUUUUGCUCGUUCCCAUACCAAAACAAACCCACAGAUCUAGAAUUUAUAUUAAUUAAUACUACUAGUAGUAUUAUCUAAUCCCAAAAAACAAGAAAAAAAGGGCACAUCAUUUUCAUUGGAAAAGGCAAACUUGUCAACUCCAUGCCAGUUGCCACAAAUUAAACCCACAAAAGGCUUACUUAUAAAUACUAGGAUAUCAGAUUCUCCUCACCUAUAAAACUCAGAAAUUUCAGAAACAUUGAAGAUAAAAACAUAGAAGAAAAAAGAUGGGUGAUAUUGUAAAUGUAAAUGUUGGUGAAAAUUUGAUGGAAAUGGUGAAGAAGAUAGAAGAAGAAUUCUGGGUCCCAGCUGAGUUGCUGAAACAAUUGGCUGAUGAUAUGGAAUUGAUGAUGCGAAAAGGUUUAGAAGAUGAACAUUCAAGCUCCAUUAAGAUGCUUGUUUCUUAUGUUGAUUCCCUUCCUUCUGGUGAUGAAGAGGGAUGCUUUUAUGCAUUGGACUUAGGUGGGACAAACCUCCGUGUUAUGCAAGUUAAACUGCAAGGGAAUAGGACUAUUGACCUCAAAGCCGAAUCUUAUAUGGUGCCUCCUAAGAUGAAGGUCGGGACGUUACAUGAACUUUUUGACUAUAUAGCAGAGAGAGUUUCUCAUGUUUUUGAAACAGAAGAAAACCAUGACUUUGAAGAUGUUCCUGGUAAGAGGAGGGAGCUUGGUUUUACUUUCUCAUUCCCAGUGCACCAGACGAGGAUCAACUCUGGGACUCUCCUUAAUUGGACAAAAGACUAUAAUGCACAAGAUGCCAUUGGCAAAGACAUGGUGGAAGAGUUAACAAAGGCUUUGGAGAAACGAGCUAUUGAUGUUAAUGUGACUGCUUUGCUCAAUGAUACAGUUGGCACUUUGGCUGGAGGUAGAUUUUACGACAAUAAUGUUGUUGCAGCUGUGAUUUUGGGUACCGGAAUGAAUGCUGCUUAUGUGGAACAGUCUGAAAACAUUGUGAAGCCAUAUGGUAUUCCACCAAAAUCAGGACAAAUGGUUAUUAACACAGAGUGGGGAAAUUUCAAUUCUUCACUUCUUCCUUUAACCGACUAUGAUCGUGCGUUAGACAAUGAUACUCCAAACCGCCACAAGCAGAUUCUAGAGAAGAUGCUAUCUGGUAGAUAUUUGGGAGAAAUUGUGCGAAGAAUUUUGCAACGGUUAGCUGAAGAUGCUGCGCUUUUUGGUGACAUUGUUCCUCCGAGACUUUGUCAGCAUUAUGUAUUGGGGACGGAAAUUGUUUCUGUGAUGCAUAGUGACAAAUCCACUGACUUAAAUGUGGUUGGGAAAUGCCUAGAUGAAGUCUUAGAGAUAACCGAUGUAUCCUUGGACAAGAAGCAGCUUAUUGUUAAGAUAUGUGAUAUUGUUGCUACACGAGGUGCUCGACUUGCUGCUGCUGCAAUACUGGCAAUCCUGAAGAGGUUAGGCAAAGACAAGACGAAUAAAGGGGAGACUGUAGUUGCUAUUGACGGUUCAUUAUUUGCGAAAUACACCGAGUUCAAAUCUUGCCUGCAGAAGACGCUUACAGAAGAAUUGCUCGAUGAAGAAGUGUCAAAGAUGGUAGUUCUUAGACAAUUCAAAGACGCGUCUGGCAUUGGUGCUGCUGUUGUUGCUGCAUCACAUUCGAUUAACACUUGAUGAUACUAUCAUUUAUUUAUCGAUUUAGUGGAGUUUAUGUGAAUGUUGUAUGCUUCUAUGGUUUUUGCUGAUAAAUGUAUGAAUAGCUUUUUUCGGACAGCUUAACCAAUUCACCUCAAUUCAUAAUCAGUAUUCUUAGAUAGUAAUGCAUUAUGAUACAUGCAGGUAUCUUACCUUG